AUGAAACCUAUAAUUCGAUACGAAGAAAUGAUUUCUAAACUUGAAAAACAGAUAAAUGUUCUAAAGAGUUACAUAGAUGUUGAAUUCAUAACCGAUGAAACAACAAAAUUUGAAGGUAAACGUGAAGAAUUAUUUAAGAAUCUUAUGAAUGCAUACAGCAUAUCAGGAAAAAUAAAUUCAAAAUUCAGAGAUAUUUUAUCAUCACCAGUUGGUUUAGAAAUAUUGGAGCAACAGGUUAUAGAGAAAGUUGAGAAAAUUAAGAAGGUACUAUUAGCUAAAGCAUAUACAAUGGACCUUUUGGCUAAAGAUGCUGAUGAUUUUCGUAUAUAUUAUAAUCACCUCUUAUCAUUUGGAAAAUAUGUACAUCUAUCAAAAAUCGACAUUCAACAAACUUUAGAUGAGUCGCAAGACAAAAUUAUUGUAGAAGUAGAUUUACUAAGUCAACAAAUCACAAAAUCCAUAUCAGACACCGAAAGAGUUUCUCAAGCCUUAGUUAAAAUGAAAUUUCUUGCAGAAAAUUUAUCAAUGUUUGAGAAAAAUAUUAAUGAUAAAAUUGACAUGGCAAUUAAAUCUUACAUAAAAAUCGAAGGUCCUAAUGGUAUUAUGGGUCUUAGUAUAGAGUUAGAAAAAAACCGAUGA